AUGUCAUCUACCACAGUUCCACCAGCAGCCACCCCAUCUCACCCCAUCCCCUCCCCGAAUUCCAAGACGUCGCUGCAGACGGCCAAGACGAACCUGUCUUACCUCGUUCGAGGUCCGCAAGCGGGUGGAGCUCGUCCGGCGAGUUUGACGCUGCGAACGGCGCUUCGAUCUACUCGAUAUGUCGUCAAGUUCAUUUUCUGGAGACUGUUAAGAUACUGUGAGCUAGGGGUCCCCACUUGAGAAGAUACACCGUCGGGCCGGGCGAUACCUUCUUGUCGUUUCGAUCGCGACGGAGGCCGAUGACGUCGUUUCACCCCACAACUCAGCUGACCGUGAAAUGACUCGCCUAUCCGCACAGUCAAGUACACUUUGAUAGCUGCAGGAACAGCAGCAUUGGCUGGAACAGCGAUCGGGUCCAUCGUGCCCGUCGCUGGGGCUCUGCUUGUACCGAGCAUCCCUGUCGGUCAGUCUGAGAGGGGGAGAUCGACUUCUUCGACGUGAGUGAGAGGGGACGAGGCUGACAGGGUAUUGCAUUCGUCGUUCAAUAGCUGCUGCGAUGGGACUGGGAACGGCCGUUUUUAGGGCAAGUUGGAAAGCAAAUGCGAAAUCGGGACUUCCUUCGGGUUUUUGGGGUGGCAUGGCAAACAAGUGACUUUGAGCUGAUCCCCGAAUGAGGCUUCUAUUCGGCAGUUCGGCUGGAGACAUCGCGGCAAUCACUUCCGGCAAGGGUGGCUCGUCGGAGGAGAAGGGAGAGAUGCCCGAGCCGACGAAAGAAACGAUGCCGAGGAAGCUCAGGAGGAGCCGAUCAAGAUUCACCCAAGAGCGAACAAGGCAUGGACAUCCGAAAGCUUUUAG